CGCCCCCGCCCCGCGGCGCCGCCGCCCGCCCGGCCGCGGCACGCGCUGCCCUGCCAGCGCUUUCCGGGCGGCCCCGGCGCCCCGGGACCUCCCCGACCCGCCCCCGGGGCCUCCCCCUGGCCCGGUUCCCCCCCCCGGUGCCCCUCAACCCCCCGGUGUCCCCAGCCCCCGCCGCCCCCCAGUGCCCCCCGGCGCCCGCCGCCAUGAGCGAGCUGAAGGACUGCCCGCUGCAGUUCCACGACUUCAAGUCGGUGGACCACGCGAAGGUGUGCCCGCGGUACACGGCCGUGCUGGCCCGCUCCGAGGACGACGGCAUCGGCAUCGAGGAGCUGGACACGCUGCAGCUCGAGCUGGAGACGCUGCUCUCCUCCGCCAGCCGCCGCCUCCGCGUCCUGGAGGCCGAGACGCAGAUCCUGACUGACUGGCAGGACAAGAAGGGUGACCGGCGGUUCCUGAAGCUGAAGGACCAUGACGUGGGCACCUCUGUCAAACAUACGAAGCCCAAGAAGCAGAAGCUGGAGGGCAAAGGGGGCCAUGGGACAGGGCCUGGCCCUGGGCGGCCCAAAUCCAAGAACCUGCAGCCCAAGAUCCAGGAAUACGAGUUCCCAGAUGACCCCAUCGAUGUGCCACGGAUUCCUAAAAAUGAUGCUCCAAACAGGUUCUGGGCCUCGGUGGAGCCGUACUGCGCCGACCUCACCAACGAGGAAGUCAGGGUGCUGGAGGAGCUGCUCAAGCCGCCUGAGGACGAGGCUGAGCACUACAAGAUCCCGCCUCUGGGGAAGCAUUAUUCCCAGCGCUGGGCCCAGGAGGACCUGCUGGAGGAGCAGAAGGAUGGAGCCCGGGCCGCGGCUGCUGCCGACAAGAAGAAAGGCAUCCUGGGACCGCUGACUGAGCUGGACACUAAAGAUGUCGAUGCCCUGCUGAAGAAGUCGGAGGCACAGCACGAGCAGCCGGAGGACGGGUGCCCCUUUGGGCCCUUGACGCAGCGUCUCCUGCAGGCCCUCGUGGAGGAGAACAUCAUCUCCCCCGUUGAGGACUCCCCCAUUCCCGAAAUCACUGGCAAGGACUCGGGAGCCGACGGCGCCGGCACUUCCCCCCGCAGCCAGAACAAGCCCUUCAGCGUCCCCCACACCAAGUCGCUGGAGGGGCGGAUCAAGGAGGAGCUGGUUGCCCAGGGCUUGCUGGAGUCGGAAGACCGUCCCGCUGAGGACUCGGAGGACGAGGUCCUGGCCGAGCUGCGCAAGAGGCAGGCCGAGCUCAAGGCGCUCAGCGCGCACAACCGCGCCAAGAAGCACGAGCUGCUGCGGCUGGCCAAGGAGGAGCUGCACCGCCAGGAGCUACGGCAGCGCGUCCGCAUGGCCGACAACGAGGUGAUGGAUGCCUUCCGCAAGAUCAUGGCGGCGCGGCAGAAGAAGCGCACCCCCACCAAGAAGGAGAAGGACCAGGCCUGGAAGACCCUGAAGGAACGUGAGAGCAUCCUCAAGCUGCUGGACGGUUAGCAGGGAGCUGAGGACUGGGCUGCAAGUUGCUCGCACCCCCGUUUUGCAGACUGCAGCUGAGCUGCCCCAGCAGCCAGGCAGGGCAACGUGGGGAGGAGGAUGGCCCUGCGCAUGGGCCUGGCGUGGUGGCAGUGCCCCCGUCACGUGCGGGGUCUUGGCGCGGCUGCGCUCUGCCUAGGACGGCCCCGUGGGCUCGGCGUGGCGGGUGCCCAAGCCCCCAGCGGUGUGACGCCCCGCGGAAAGGCCUGGGCCUGCGCUGCCUCCCUCGCUGCCCGUCCCGCUAGACCUCCCGGCCCAGGAGGCAGCUCCCAGCUGCUGCUCCCUCGUGUCCUGCUGGGCCCCCGCAGCGGCCCCCCCCCUCUUCCUGGGCUGCUCCUGCGGCAGUAGAGGGGGGCAGCUGCCUGCCCCGCCUCUGCCACCCCCGUGCUCUGGCUUCGACCCCUGGGGGGCCCAGGCUGCUGCAGCCCUUCGGAGGACGGGGUAGACUGGCCGUGGCCUGCUGCCCCAAACCGCUCAGCCCUGGGGCCAGCGCCAUGGCCACCGCUACUGAAGGCAGGGCGCGAGCCCUGUGCCCGGGCCUGGCGCAGGGGAGCGGAGCGGAGGGUGGGGAUGCCCCUGCCUUUCCUCUCCAGGGACCCUGGGCGCGGAGCUAGGCAGCCGCGCGCAGCGUUCCUGGGAACCGCCGCCUGGGCCGCUUCCGCCCCCCACUCCCUGCUGGGCUGCCGCUGUUAUUCUCGGAGCCUGACAUCAGCCGCACCACGAGGGGGGCCGUGGGGCGGAUGUGGUGGCCGCUGCGGCAUGGAUCCCACGGCCUGGCAACCUCCCCGGCUGCCGGGGGGGAUCCCGAGCCCGGCGCCGGGGGCUGCCGGCGGGGAGGAGCAGCGGCGGCAGCAGGGUGGGAGCUGGCCGGCCCCCGCGGGGCUGUCACGCUGUGCCUGGCCCCCAGCCCGCGCCAGGGCGGGGGGGGACAGCGGCGCCCCACACGAGGGCGGGUGUUGGGGCUGGAGCGGAAGGGGGGCGGGGAGGGCAGGGGCCUGCGGGGGGAGCGCGCUGGGCCAGGGGGCAGCCGGGGGGUGGUGGCGGCCUGCUGCGGUCGGGCUCUCCAUGUACGUGUGGUUUGUGCUGCCAAUAAACGGAGCCCUGGGAGGCGGCGGCGGUG